AAAUGUCAACAUUUUCACGAUUUCAAAGAAGAAUCUUAAAAAUAAAGGACUAUGAAAUUUGGAACAAACACCAUUUACCCCACAAAACAAAACCAUUAUGUUAUCAUGGCACACAUUUUAACCUCAUUUUGUAAUCAUAGAUUCCUCAGUUAAUUUUAUAAAUUAAGUAUUCGUAUGAAAUUCUUCAAAGCAUACCUCAAAAACUAAAUCCUCUCUCUCUCUCUCUCUCUCUCUCUCUCUCCAGUUGACUAUGGGCUCGGAACGUGUUGUGAAGAAGCCAUUGCAAUACCCAAUUGCUCGUAGAGAUGAAUCCGUGGUUGAUAACUACCAUGGUGUUGCUAUUUCUGAUCCUUAUCGAUGGAUUGAAGAUCCUGAUUCCGAAGAGGUAAAAGAAUUUGUUGCAAACCAGAUGAAAGUAACGGAAUCAGUGCUCAGGAAUUGCAAUUCCAGGAACAGACUUCGUGACAAAUUGACCAAGUCAUAUGACUACCCUCGCUACGGAUGUCCGUUUCAAAAAGGGAAUAAAUAUUUCUAUUUUCAUAAUCCCGGUCUUCGCUCUCAUCCAAUUCUUUAUAUCCAGGAUAGUUUAGAUGAAGAAGGUGAGGUUUUGCUCGAUCCAAAUGGACUAAGCGAGGAUGGAACAGUGGCUUUACGAGUUUUUGAGGUCAGCCAUGAUGCAAAAUACCUGGCCUAUGGUUUAAGCUCGAGUGGAAGUGAUUGGUUAACCCUACAAGUUAUGAAUGUGGAUGACAAAACCGUUCAACCAGACAAACUUUCUUGGGUGAAAUUUACAUCAAUCAGUUGGACGCAUGACACGAAGGGAUUUUUCUAUUGCCGAUUUCCUGCUCCCAAGGAGACCGAAAAAAAGGAUGUUGGCACCGAAGUAAACGUUAACUAUAAUCAUCAACUUUAUUACCAUUUAUUAGGGACGAAACAAUCACAAGAUAUAUUAUGUUGGAAUGAUCAUGAGAACCCUACGCAUAUUCUUGAAGCAAGACUUGCGGAUGAUGGAAAGGUGGCCAUAAGAUCUUUGUUGUUAGGUCGUCUACAAUGCACUGAAUUUUAUAGAGCGUAAUGGUCUAUAAUGCAUUGAACUUUAUAGAGUUUGAUGGAUUGUCGUCUUAUUAUUUUAUUUUUCAUACAACUCUAGCAUUUUUUCCUAUACAAUAUAUUAAACUCUACAAAAAAUCAAUGAAAUACUUAUUUUAAAUGAAUUUUUUUCUGCUUCCCAUCAAAGAGUUCAUUGGUCAUUGAACUUUAUAUCUAUGGAAUGUCAAUGUGGCAUCCCACUACGUUUGAAAUUUAAUCAAUUGAAUGUCAACUAUACAUUUCAUCUCAUUCAACUUUUCCAUUAAACUAUGCAUCGUGGAUGCUAUUAUACGUUUUGUAGUUAAC